GUGCAGCGGGGUAUGGGAGUGUCUGAAGGCGGUGUUGAAUGUAGCUGGACUCGGAUCAGCUCCGGCGGCUGUCUGCCUCAAAGAGGGACGAUAAGCUGACAUUCAGGAUCAGCAGAGCGGGUUGGAGAAACGCUGGAUCCUACUGUAUAACUGACCGGGAAGAGAAACCCGAGAGCGGGUUAUUUACGUUUAUUUAGUGGGGGUUUAAACCUGAACUCAGCGACCUCUGGAAUGUACCGCCGCCGGUACCGGUCGUCUGCGGAGUGGGGCUUAUUGUCCGGUUUUCCGUCUGAAUUUACACGCCUCCCUUCUUCUCCGUGUUGUUGUGUGAGUAUCCCUGAUUUGGGCUGAUCUCUGGUGCUCAUAAGAGACAGCUGGUCUGGUUCAGACAGACUGACAGAUGGACUGAACACAGCAGGCAGCGGUUUCUGGCUCAUGUGGAGCUUUUUAUUAUAGUGGUGAGCUGAACUAACUGAACAGAUGCUCUGUUUUAAAGCAAACGUGCCAGUUUUGUUUUAGGUUUUUAAGCUGGUGGAGUAAAUUCUAAUGGUAUAUCUUCUUAGCUUGGUUACAGUCUUGUUUUUCCUGAUUUUGGUCUCAGUGGACCUCACUUUGCCAAGUUGCUUACUGUAGCCAACCAGCUACAGUCACAUAUAUGGACCAUCAGAUCAGUUGAACAUCUAACAGUGCUGAAUGUAGGCCUGUCUGCUGAACUUUGUUGAGAAAUAAUUGGUAUUAACAAUACCAUUGUCAUUUUAUAACCAUUUAAAUGUCACUGAUAUAAUUAUAAUGUAAUAGCUUGCAUAAUAAUGCAGUUGGUAGGACUGACCGGGUAAUAGUUUCUGUUGGACAAUAUAUUGUUCCAGAAAUAAUUGUGAUUAAUGAUAUUUUUGGCAUUUUACGACCGACCAUUUAAAUGCCAUUGACUCUAAGUGAUAAUAUAAUAGCUAGCUAGAAUAAUUAUGCGCUUACUAGGUCUGAAACAAUUGGGAUUAACAAUACUAUUGUUUUUUAUUAAAUGCCACUGAUACAAUGAAAAUAUAAUAGUUUUCAUAAUAAUGCAAAUAGUAGGACUGACAGGAUAACUAUUGGAUACAGUUACCAUUGGACAAUAUAUUGUUUCAGAAAUAUACAUUUUAAGACAAUUUAAAUAUCACAGACACAGUGAUAAUAUAACCUAAAUAUUACUGUAAUUACUAGAUCAGUCAGAAUUCGGUUUUUAUUGGACGAUAUAUUGUCUGCGAGAUAAUUGCAAUCACUGAUACAAUACAAAUGUAAUAGCAUAACAAUGCAAUUACACUCUUUUAAAGAGCAAUUAACUUUGAAUUAUUAAGGAUUUAGAAUCAAUUAAAUAAACAAAACAUAAACUGGCUCAUUCACAUUAACUGUGAACUCUCUUUGCUAAGUAAAAAACAUAAUGAACAAUCUCAAAGUCAACCAAAAAUUCUUGAGGUCAUGUUCAUAGAUUGUCCGAUAUAUCGUUAACGUAAUUAUUGUGACAGACCUUGCUGGAUGUGUUUUAAACUCUAAUCCAUACUCUUCACAGACAUGUGGGGCCAUAUAUGUUAGCCAGCAGAGCGGACUGGUGGUGGGUCUGAGUAGGUUAUCUAGCUAAUGUCCCAGUUUCCCUGCUCUCUGUACUGUAUUCUGAGCCACAAAUGCCAGUAAUCUGCUGUGGGAGCGUCCAUCACUGCAAGUCUCCUCAGAGACUGAUGGACAAGUCAGGCUUUGGCAUGUGUUUAAGUCAGCCGAAAGGAGCUGGGCUCUCCAUGCUACGGACAGCGCUCAGUCUGGAGGGGGUUGAGGAGAGAGAUGAGGAGCAAGAGGAUGAGGGAGAGGAGGAUUUGCGGGAUGGAGGGAUUCCCUUCAUCAUAAACCGGGGAGGGCUGCCGGUCAACGAGGAGACAUGGGAGCAGAUGUGGAGGCAUGUCGCCCGGAUUCACCCAGAUGGAGAGGUGGUGGGGAAGAGGAUUCGAGGAGUCACUGACCUGCCCAAGGAGAUGAGGACCUUCUGCCUUGCUGACUUUGCAUUAUGGCUGUUCUUUGAUACAUCCUGCUGGAUUCCAAUACCAACUGUGCCUACAUACCAACCAACCACCAGUAUUCCCCAGCGCCUGGAAGCCAUACAGAAAUACAUCAGGGACUUGCAGUACAAUCACACUGGAACACAGUUUUUUGAGAUCAAGAAGAGCAGACCUCUCACAGCGUUGAUGGACAUAGCUAAGGAAAUGACCAGAGAAUCUCUACCAAUCAAAUGUUUGGAGGCUGUAAUCCUUGGCAUUUACCUCACCAACAGCAUGCCAUCUGUGGAGCGCUUCCCCAUCAGCUUUAAAACUCAGUUCUCAGGGAGUCACUUCCGCCACAUCGUGCUGGGGAUCCACAGCGGCGGCCGUUUCGGUGCCUUAGGCAUCAGCCGGCGUGAAGACUUGAUGUACAAGCCUCUGGAGUUCCGUACACUCGCUGACCUGCUGCAGGAGUAUCAGACUGCAUACCAGGGCUACUGGCACACACUGCGCAAGGUCAAGAUUGGCCAGUAUGUGUCACAUGAUCCCCACAGCGUGGAGCAGAUCGAAUGGAAGCACUCUGUACUGGAUGUGGACAAACUGUCAAAGGAGGAGCUGAGGAAGGAGCUGGAGAGACACACCCGUGACAUGAGGCUGAAGAUUGGCAAGCCUGCACCCCCUUCUCCCACCAAGGACAGGAGAAGCAUCAUGGGAUCUCCCCUCCGUAACCCAGGCAGCCCCAUGCGCAGGAACAGCCGCGGCGAGAGAAGGCUAUCGGGUGAUAAGAAGGUUCUGGAGCCCAAACCUCCUGCAGAUCUGAAUGGAUACCAGAUUAGAGUGUGAGCUGGCUCUGUGGCUUCCUAACCACACCACUCACAACAGACAGUCCUGGAGCCAAACCAUUGUGGGUAGACAAAGUGACUUUUAAAGACGCCUGAAGAACACACUUUAAGGUGGUGUUUAAGACACGGAACCACAUCCAGUUUCAGAAGUUCAUGCACUGAAAAAAAAAGUGAUGUAAACACGUGCCAAUAUGACAGCACAACGAUGUCACCUUUAACGAACCAAUCAACUGAACAGCCUCAUUUCAAGCCACCACCUUUAUAGACACUCAGCUCGGCUCGAAACUGUGCGCACCGAGCUACACACGGUCUUAAAUGUGUAAAUAUUACAAUGUGUGUGUGUGUGUGUGCUAUUGUCAGCUAAGUCAGCUGACUGCUAACACGGCUUAUGUUGAGACUGGCUUAGGAUCCAGUUACAAACGGGUGCCUUUUCUACACCUCACCAUCAAAAGCCACCCAUCUGUUUGCGUACAGUAAUUCUCUGAGUUUGUUUUCUCCACGACUGCCACACCUUUCAGCUCAUCCAGGUCAAACAUCCACAUUCUGCUCCACAACAACAGCCUACACCAAUGAUCUAAAACAGGACCUGAUAAUGUUACUUCUGUAGACCAAAUAUACAGGAUUCAGAAUGUGUAGAAGAGGCGAUGGCAGGUUGCAGGUUCCAUGACCAGCUCGUUCACAUAUCUUAAAUUUACAACAACAAAUCAGAAAAAGUUGGAACAGUAUGUAAAAUAUAUGUAUACCCACACAGUAAAAAAAAAACUGCAGCGUUUCUUACUUCAUCACAAAUGGCACUUAAUUUCUUGCUUUAUGAUAACCAUGUCCAGAAGUGGCGUCAACUUCUCUGGGCUCUGAGGCAUCAAUACAAAAAAGUACAUCGAGAUCUUAGACCAGCAUAUGCUGCUUUCAAUACAAAAGCAGAAAUGUCCACCAUUUUUUUAAAACAAGACAAGGCAAAACCAUAUGCUGCACACAUUAAAAAUGAAAAUUCAUAGCUGCGCAAGACGAGGGUACAGGGACUGUGACAAAUAAAACAUCUUCGGCCAAAGUAAUUGUACAGAACACUGUUUUUGUUAUUUGAAUUUUCCAUACUGUUCCAAUUUUUUGGCCUUACCUAACUAUAACAUCUGAGCAGUAACACUUGAAUAGGCUUGUUUUUUAUAUAUAAAUAUUUUAAAGGCAGGGUUAAAUUAUUUUAAGCUUAAACCUAAAGUUUUUUUUGUAUUAUUUUGUAAAGCAUAUUAAAUGCCAUUGACAUCUCCCCAUUUUCAAAUUCUAUACUGUAUAUAGAAGGUAGGAGUCGAUAGACUGGUUAGAAGGACUUAUUAGAAAGGCCAGAUUUGUUAAGUCGUAGAUGUUCUACUUUUUUUAAAGUGUAAAUAUGCAGUGGGACUGGAGUAGUUUGUGCAAAACUUGUUUUUGACUUAUCAAAAUAUUGUUUUGAUAAUCCCUUAUUCAGCUUUAGGCAGUACAAUUCAAAUGGCAGAAAUGUUAAUUUUUAUUUGUUACUCUUUUGUAUUAUCACCAUCUUCUUGCACUUCCUAUAAAAUGUAGUAGCUUCACCUAUAACUCACAAUACCUUACUAAGUUUUGUACUCCUAUUGUACAUUAUCAGCUGAUUUCGGAGGUUUAAUACAGUGUUGAUGUGUGAAUGGAAAUACUGGACCUUAAACUAUUGGUAAACUCAUUGUCAAAAGAAUAUUUGCACCUAAAAGGAAUCAACCGGCAGGAAUGAAACUUGGUGGGUAGUGAUGUCAGACUGUUAGGAGUGACUCAGAAUGGCAGACAAUGAGGUCCAGUGAGGAGUUCUGCUUUUGUCUUGGUGGAGAAAACCAACAAAUUCAAGAUAAACAGUUAGUUGUGCAUCACACAUCCUGACAAGUUACCUUUGGUCUUCAUUAGAGGCAUUUUAACAGCCCAAUAUUACAUUAAUGAGGUCCUACAACCAGUGGCUGACCUUUUCAGAAUGUAGACUCUGGUGCGCUAUUCCAACAGGACGAUGUUUGUCCACAUACUGCUGCCAUCUCAAGAGUUGCCUUGAAGACACACAUUCAGUCAUGUCAUGGUCAGCCACAUCGCCAGACCUAUAUGAUUGAAAAUGUGUAGGAUGCUAUUUUUAGUAACUUUUAUCUUUCCUCUGAAUAGUAUUCCAAUCCGACACUUCCUUCUUGGUGCAACUAUUUCUGCAACAAUUUAUUUCACUAGAAGUGUAUAUGAAGACUAUCUGAAGGCCUUUACCACUGAAAGAGUGAUCAACCCAUGAUCAAGGCAUUGUAGCCCACAUAGAGCUGCUGAAAUCACUAAGAUGAAAUGUACUUCUCUUACCAAAACAUCAGAAACACUUUUAAAAGCAGCACAGUGCUGUUUGAUGGAGAGAAAUAGCAGCUCUGUUUUGGGUAUUAAUUUCUAUAAUUGUUUUCGUUUUUUAAGAACAAAGAAACUGUUGCGAUAUACCAUGAUGCCACAGCACUGUAAUGUUAGCUUUCCUAUAAGGAAAAGUAGAAUUGUGACACAGAAUAUGAUGCUUCACUUUUGACACUUGAACUAUGAUCAAAAUAAAUGAUGAACUGCUGGAAUGUAAA